AUGGGGAAGAACAAAAGCGACAUUCGUGCUAAAAACAUUGUUAUAUUCAGGGCAAUGGGCGCCGGAAAGAGUUCCCUCAUAAACCUCAUCGCAGACCAAAACAUCACUAAAACUGGCUCCAAGCUCAAACGCUGCACCCUUACAUGGACCAAAUAUGAGUUACCCAAGCUCUUUGAUGAUGAGAUGCAAUGCAAUAUCUUCGACACGGUGAGGAUCGAUAACCCAGAAAUUGAGCCAGAUGAAUACUACCGAUCCAUCAAGAAUGCCAGCCGCCUCCUCCGUAAGCUUGAUGAAUACGGCGGCACUAGUUUGUUGGUAUAUUGCAUUCAAAAAUGCCGGGACACUGGCGCAUUGCAGAGCAACUACCAGUUAUUCCGCGAGGUGUUAUAUCAGCGGCGAGCCCCCAUAGUCAUGGUAGUGACAUGUCUUGAGGAAGAGGCCGUCAUAGAAGAAUGGUGGGCGGGGAACCGUACAUCGUUAGAGGCAUCCCAGAUCAUUGUGGAGGGACAUGCAUGCGCAACGACCCUGAAGGCUGAAGACGAGAAGUACAGGAAAUCGAGGGAAGCUGUGCGUGUUACGCCAGUGUUUGCGGGAUGGUAG